GAAGGAGAAAAGUAUAGAGAGAGCAUGUAACAUGAAGCGGCGCCUUCGUACAGAAAUAGAAAAGCGGGACGAAAGUCAUUUAGUGUCAGCCAACGUGUAGUUUCUGAGUAUUGUUGCCCGAUAAUAUAAUCUCGUGUAGAAAAUAAAAUGACGCGUUUCCCGAUCAGAUCCUCGUUGAGGAGCCGGGAUUCGAAUUCUACGUCGACCGAUCCAGAUCCUAGGGAACGGAUCAAAGACUGUUGCCGGAAGUUGGUCGCAUUUAUGUGCACCCAGGUCGGCGUUGGCGGACUUGUGGUCGGUUACGCCAUAAUAGGAGCCUUUGGUUUCACCUCCAUCGAAUCUCAAGCCCAGAUUCCAUCCGCGGUCUGCUCUCGGGACUCGAUCAGGAAACAAUAUGCCGACGAGUUAUGGUUAAGCACGGCCAGCAAUCAAACCGUGAACAUAUUCGAUAAGACAACGUUCUUCACGGUGUCUAAUCAGAUCCUCCGUCGUUACCAGGACAACUUCACUGGUAAUUAUGGAAAAGAGAACUGCAGUGGUCUAAAACCAUCUGAUCUAUGGUCCUUCCCUGCCGCCAUGAUGUUCUGCCUGUCUGUGUUCACCAUGAUCGGUUAUGGCACCCUGGUGCCUCAGACUCCAUGGGGGAAGGCAGUGACAGUCAUCUACGCAGUUAUGGGGAUACCUUUGUACGUACUGUACUUCCUGAACAUGGGCAAAGUGCUGGCACAGACAUUCCGCUGGUUGUACACCUGGCUCCACGAGUGUACCGGCAAAAGGAAGCCUGGCCAAAGGAUCACUGUACCCUCGACCGCUUGUCUGUGGGUCAUUUUUGGCUACGUACUCAUUGGAUCCAUCAUAUUUGCCGAGUGGGAAGGUUGGGACUACCUGGACAGUGCCUACUUCUGCGUCACCUCCCUCUGCAAAAUUGGCAUGGGGGAUCUGGUGCCUGGUUGGACCCACGGUGAUCUGACUGCCGACAGUCAGACUAAGUUGAUAAUUAAUUUUGUUUAUGUGCUGCUGGGGAUGGGAUUGAUCGCCAUGUGCUACGAUCUGAUGAAAGAGGACGUUUAUGUGAAGGCUAGGGAAUUGAAAGAGCAGUUUAUACAGAUCGUCGAUGCUGCGCAUUAUCAGCUGGAGACUUGUUGUAGAUCGCAUAUAUCGGAUACUAAGUAAAGAUACUCAAUAAAAUAUUUUUAAUAAAAUUA